AUGGGGCUCAUACCAGCGCGCAAAGCAGUUGCGGUGCAAAUCCGGCAGGAUCAAAUCAUCAAGAUCACUAACACCCAUGGAAAGCAAGUCGUUGAUUUCUGGGCAUUUAAUCCAAAUGACACUCACGACUUUCUUUCAAUGGUUCACACGCGAACUGUUCUUCGCAAGGUUUCUGUCCGCGUUGGAGAUGCUAUUGUGAGCACGCGCCGCAAGCCGAUGAUCACUAUCGAAGAGGACACGACCCAAGGAGUACAUGACAUUAUCUGGUCAGCUUGUGAUGCUGAGCGCUAUCGAAUGCAAGGAGUUAAAGGACACCAUGAUAACUGCAGUGAGAAUAUGCACACCGCCCUGAAAGAGACAUUUCCAGCUUUCCAAAUCCCCGAUGAUUGGGUACCAGAUCCGUUUAAUCUGUUCAUGAAUGUCGCUAUCGACCACCAUGGUGGACUUGAUAUUAGACCCCCAACUAGUGAGAAAGGUCAGCAUGUCGUAUUACGAGCCCACUCGGAUUUGAUCUUGGUGAUGAGUUCUUGUCCACAAGAUAUCGAGCAAGUCAACGCAGGCAUGCCCACCGACUGUGAAUAUGAUAUUCUCACCACGCUGCCAGGCACUGGCGCUAUACCCACAUCAGAAAAUUUUGGUAUUACAUCAAUUCCUAGAAGUAUUGACAAAUUCCGUCAUCGCAAAGUCAAGGUUGCCCUUUCUUUCGACUUUGAUGCCAUCUCGCACUGGCUCGGCACUGGUUGCCAUCCUGACAACAACAUGGCGGACUACAGCUCAGGGAUAUUUGCCGGUCGCGUGGGAGCUAUUCGACUCUUGAACAUGUUGAAGAAAUUUCAAGUCGCUGACAAAGUGACCUGGUUCAUUCCAGGACAUACCAUGGAGACAUUCCCAGCGACGGUUCAGCAAAUUGUCGACUCUGGGGCCGAAAUAGGACUACACGGCUACGCCCAUGAGGGAAUUUAUCAAAUGACACCGGCACAGGAGCAAGAUGUGCUUGAAAAAUGCAUUGACGUUGCGACCAAGCUCUGCGGCAAGAGACCUAGGGGAUAUCGAGCUCCCAUGUAUACGAUCCGGGAGACAACGGUGGAGCUGCUGCGCAAACAUGAGUUUCUAUACGACACCUCACUCAUGCAUCAUGAUUCACAACCUUAUUUCACCCCAAGUGACCCACCCAUUGAGCCAAUUGAUUUCACAAAAGAUGCCUCCUCAUGGUUGCACCCGACUCAGUUAGCCUCCAGCAAUCGUCCUCCCGAAGGUCAGAUUCCACUUGUGGAGAUUCCAUGUGGAUGGUAUAAUGAAGAUAUGAUGCCCCUGCAAUAUUUGCCGCAUCUGGCCAACAGUAAUGGGUAUGUCAGCACCCGCAUGGUUGAGCAGAUGUGGAAAGACAAGUUUUUGUGGUUGUGGGAGAACAGCGAGGAUGGUAACGAAUCGACAAGCUUCGUCUUCCCUAUUCUCAUGCAUCCUGAUACGAGUGGAAUGUCACAUAUUAUUGGCAUGUCAGAGCGGGUUCUAGCAUGGCUGAAAAGUUGGGGUGCAAGUGUGCAGUUCUCCACACAUGAAGACAUCGCUCGCGAGUGGUUGGCUGAGCAGAAACUGAACUAG